AUGGAGAGCAAAUCCGUGAAUAAGUUUGAUUCCGAUCCUUACAAAGGAGAAAAAGAAGGAAAAUUAAGAGAAGUUGGCAAUCAGGCCGUUUGGUCAGUUUCUUCUUGCAAACCAGGUUUUGGUGUUGAGCAAUUAAGGGACACUUCACUGGAAACAUAUUGGCAAUCAGAUGGACCUCAGCCUCACAUGGUCAACAUUCAGUUCAGGAAGAAAACAACAGUGUCCGAUAUUUUUCUCUAUGCUGAUUUUAAAGCUGAUGAAAGCUACACGCCUAACAGGGUGUCUGUACGAGUCGGCAACCACAUAAAUGACCUAAUAGAAAUUGACCUUGUGGAGUUCAUUGAGCCAACAGGCUGGGUCAUGAUUCCCUUGAAAAAUCUCAACGAAACUGCUGUGAGGGCAUUCAUGAUCCAGAUUGCUGUGCUAUCUAAUCAUCAAAAUGGCAGAGAUACGCAUGUACGCCACAUAAAAAUUCAUUCGCCUAUCCAAGAUUGUUCAACCUCGAAGAAGAUCAAUUUAGUGAAUAAGGAGAUGCUGCAGUGGCAGAACAUCAGAUGA